GCAGCACCGCCGCCUCCCCGCUCCGCCAUGCCCCGGUGCCUCAGCGUGGCCGGUUGCUGCUAAGGUCCCCGGGGACACCCUUCUCGGGUGGAAACGUGGCUUUGCCAACGGCGCGGGCGGAGAUGAGGACGGCGGAGGACUCGAACGGGACGGUCCUGCACCGCCUGAUCCAGGAGCAGCUGCGCUAUGGGAACCUCACGGAGAACCGCACGCUGCUGGCCAUCCAGCAGCAGGCCCUGCGCGGCGGCGGCAGCGGUGCCGGCGGUGCCGGCGGUGCCGGCAGUCCCCGCUCCUCCCUGGAGAGCCUCAGCCCAGAGGAGAGCCAAAUGGUGCAGCAAUCCACGCGGCAGGAGCCCCAGGGCCAGGAGCAUCACUCCGACCACGUCUACUUGGAGAACAGCGUCUAUCGGCUCUGCCAGCCCCAGCACAAGGGCGAGGAGCUCCCGACCUACGAGGAGGCCAAGGCUCAUUCCCAGUACUACGCCUCGCAGCGGGGCGGGCAGCAGCCCGGAGGGGCCAGCCCGGGGAUUCGGGGUGAAAACGGUCCACGCGGGGCCGAGAGCGGCGCCCGACGCCCCGACGAGGGGCUGAAGGACCUGAAGCACGGCCACGUGCGGUCGCUGAGCGAGCGGCUGAUGCGGAUGUCGCUGGAGAGGAAUGGGGCCAAAGCGCAGAGCCCCAUCAGCGCCUCCCACAGCUACCCCCAGCUCUCCCGCCACCACCAGCUCGCUGCCCUCCGAGGGCAGCAUCCCGAGGGGCCGGAGCCGCGGGGACCCCCUCCGGAGUAUCCCUACAUCAUCCCUUCCCAGGACACUUACCUGGCCGAACCCCGACCCGGCUCCCGGGAAGGUCCUGGAUUUCAGCAUCCCGAAAUCAGGGUGCUGCCCACCCACGUCCCCGCCGCUUUCCUGCCACCGCCGGGCACCCUGUGCCCGGGCACGCUGGGUCCCGCCGGCGUGGAGGCACUGGUGAGCGCCCAGGCGGUUUCGGCCGGCAGUCGCCUGGCCCGGGCGGACGCAGUCCUGCGGGAGAACGAGAGGCUCCAACGGGAAAGCGAGAAGCUGCGGCGGGAGCUGGAGAGCUGCGCCGAGAAAGCGAGCCGCAUCCAGAAGCUGGAGAGCGAGAUCCAGCGCAUCUCGGAGGAUUACGAAAACCUCGUCAAGGCGUCUUCCAAGCGGGAAGCCUUGGAGAAAGCCAUGAGGAACAAGAGAGACGGCGAGAUGCGACGGCUCCAGGACUUCAACCGGGACCUGAAAGAGCGGUUGGAAUCGGCGAACAAGCAGCUGGCCAGCAAGACCCAGGAAAGCCAGGAGAGCAACCAGGGCAGCGUGGCCAAACUCCUGGCGCAGAGCUACGAGCACCAGCAGGAGAAGGAGAAGCUGGAGCGGGAGGUGUCCCUGCUGCGCAGCGCCAACGAGGACCAGCGGCGGCGGGCAGAGCUGCUGGAGCAGGCGCUGGGCAGCGCCCAGGCGCGGGCGGCCAAGGCGGAGGCCGAGCUGCGGAAGAAGCGGGCCUACGUGGAGAAGGUGGAGCGGCUGCAGGCAGCCCUGGGCCAGCUCCAGGCCGCCUGCGAGAAACGGGAGCAGCUCGAGCUACGGCUCCGCACCCGCCUGGAGCAGGAGCUGAAGAUGCUGCGGGCUCAGCAGAGGCAGGCGGGCGCCGCGGGCGGGGGGACGCCGGAGCUGAGCGCCCACACGCUCUCCGAGCAGCUGAGGGAGAAGGAGGAGAAGAUCCUGGCCCUGGAGGCUGACAUGACCAAGUGGGAGCAGAAGUACCUGGAGGAAUGCACCAUGCGGCAGUUCGCCAUGGACGCCGCGGCCACCGCGGCCGCCCAGCGGGACACCACCCUCAUCAGCCAUUCCCCGCGGCACUCCCCCAACAGCAGCUUCAACGAGGACCUCCUCCUGGCCACCCACAAGCACCAGGAGAUGGAGAACAGGUUAAAAGCCCUUCACGCCCAAAUCCUGGAGAAGGACGCCGUCAUCAAGGUCCUGCAGCAGCGCUCGCGGAGGGACCCCAGCAAAGCCCUCCAGGGCUCCCUGCGGCCGGCCAAGUCCGUGCCCUCCGUCUUCGCCGCCUCCGCCGCUCCGAGCUGGCCAGGAGCUGGCCAGAGCGACCGGCUGGCCGAGGGCAGCUCCCGGGGCAGCACAGGCAAAGCCACCGCCGAGGCGGCGGCAGCAGCGCCCGCCGCCCUCCCCCUGCCCUCCCACUCCAAGCACGGCAGCAAGGACGGCAGCACGCAGACGGACGGGGCGGCCGAGAGCAGCGGCCAGGGCGAGGGCACCGAGCGCCCGCCCGGUUUGCUGGAGAGCUCAGCCGCUGCCAGAGCCCCGGACCUGACCGACAUGGUGGAGAUCCUGAUUUAAGGCCAGCCAGGGGCUGCACGCCGGCCCCUCCACCCUCCCUGCCUGCCGCACAGGCAGAGCCGCCCUGCCUGCACCUGCCCGGGACGGAGGAGCCUGCAGGAAGGAGGAUCGAGCCGGGAGCUCAGCGGCGUCCCUGUGGCCAGUCUCAGCGGGUGGCUCCCCGUGCGUGGGAGGGCCACCGUCCCCGCUCAGCACCCGCACGGGUCCCCGGCUGCGCGGGGCGCGCUGGAGCCCGGGGACCCCGCAGUGGCGGCAGGACCUCGCGACCCCCCUGUAAAUACACCCGGGUUUUGUACGACGGGAGCAAACGUAUUUAUCGUUUCAGCCUCUUCUCCUUCCCGAGGCGGGGGGCUUCUUCCCAUCCCCUCCCUCAUCGGCUCCAUCCCCAUCCCGGCUCCAUCCCCAUCCCACCUCUGGGUCUUGCCCAUCCGCACCCACCCAGGUGUUUGGCUUCCCACUGGAAAAUCCCGCUCUGUUCGCCCAAAUUGUGCCCGCAAGCCGAUGUCUCUGCGCGAGGGCAGAGCCGGGAGGGAUCCUCCGUGGGUCCCACCGACCGCCCGGAUCCACGUGGCCGAGCUGAGCGCCAGGAGCCCCAAACCUCCAUCAUCUCCAUCCAUCACCCGCAUCCUGCCCUCUGGGUUUCUAUCACGGGCGGGCGAGGGGUUGGGGAUGGGGUGGCGGCGAAGCAAAAGAGAAAAUGAUAAUCGAGGGAAUGAAAGGUGGAGGAGAAAUGCCCUUGAAGCCGGAGGUGAAACGCUCGGAGCCAACAGAGGGCGGCUGAUGGAGGCGGUGGGACGCGCCGCCCCUCUCGUGGCUUCAUCCCACCGCCGCGUCCCCCGGCUACUGGCAGCUGGCUUCUGCCCGUAGCCAGCCCCGACGUCUCGGUCCUCUGAGCUCGGACGCUUCCCGUCCUUGCUUUUCAUGUAUAUAUAUUUUUUUUUUUUCUUUCUUUCUUUCUUUCUUUCUUCUUUAAACAUGUGUGCAUUUGCUGGACAACUGCAUUUUUUAUUUUUCUCUCCCAGACACGUAAAAAAUGCGUUCGGUUCUCGUGCAUUGUUUACAAAGUGGAAAACAAACCGACAAAAAAUUAUGAAAGAGGAAAAAAAAAAAACCCACAACUUAAUAUAUUUUAUAUUAAUAUUGGUAUUUCUUUUUAAGUAUUUUUUUUUCGUGCUGUGAACUUUUUUUUUUUCCUGCCAAAGACGAUGAGUUCUUGUUUGUGCGUUUUAAGUUAUCUUAAGUAUUUAAACGUAAACCUGGCUGUUUCGUUAUGCCGCCCUAUACCGAGAUUGCUGUAGCAUUCCACUUGGUAUAACAAUAUUUUAAUAAAAAAAACCCA